AUGCAUGAAAAAUUAUCAAAUCAACUUAUCCCAGAAACCGUACAUAGCUCUCUGGAAUCUUUACAUUUACCACUUAUUCAAAAAGAACAACCUAACUAUGAGACUCUUUGCACUAUACUUCAAAAUUUUGAACACCAUUUUCUCGAUAGACAAGCUAAACCUAUCUGGGAAACCAGUAAUUCACAGGAAUAUAUCGAAGAAACUUCAUUUAUUGUUAAUAGGAAUGCAAUCGAUUGGUUGACCAAACUUAUCGCUUCACCUCUAGACUGGAUACAUGUUGACUCACAAAGGGAAGAAGUAAUAGAACGAGCAGCAAAGUGCAUUGCGGCUGCCUGCGGUAAAGUUGCAUCUGGCCCAAUUGUAAGGGAUUGGAGUUUUCCGGCACCACCAGGAAGCAACAAACCCAUAACACUAAAGAUUCGCGAUUCAACCUUGCUCGAUGACGAUGUUGGCUUCAAGACAUGGGGUGCCGCCUAUUUAUUAGCAAAACGAUGUACUUCUGGUCAAGCAAUGCCUUUGGAUAAAAUUCAAUCGACAUUCAUUCUCGAGAUCGGUACAGGGACUGGAUUGGUUGGACUGACCUGCGCAAUGAUUGGAUGUCCAAAUGUACUACUCACAGACUACCAUCUAAAUGUUCUCUCUAAUGUUGAAUAUAAUGUUAAUUUGAAUCAAUUACAAAAUGUUGUUAAAGUCGAAAAACUUGAUUGGAAAGAAGUAGCAAACGGUGUGAAACAGGAAUUACAACAAAAUUUUGACAUUAUUGUAGGAGCGGAUAUUGUUUAUGAAAUUGCACAUGCCAAUUGGAUACCUAAAGUAAUCAAACAAUUCAUGAAAAAAGACGGAAUUUUUUAUUUAAUGGUUCCGCUUCGUCCGACUCAUACUUUGGAAAUAGAAUUAUUUGAACGAUGUAUGGAGGAACAAGGAUUCUUUUUACAAUAUCACCAGGAUCAACAAGGAUUGGACGAUUUUA